ACGAUCAAAAACAUACAUGAAUGAUACACCAUCCACCAAUGGCGUUUCUGAUGACCAAGUCCCGAAAGCCUAAUAUGUUGAUACAGCUCAACGUUGAUAGCAAUUUCUCGAUCGAUUGGCCAAAGCUUGUCAUGUUAUCAACUCAAUUUCUACCUCGGUUGAGAGCUUACUUUCGUGUGACAUUGGUCAAUGGUUACAAAAGGCUCUUGGUCCCUACACUCUUGCUGAAGAAUUGCCGGUAAUCUCGACCUUUCAGUUUGCAAGGAAUCUUUGCACAAUGGCAGCAGUAUCCCAUCCGCAGUCGUACACUGGCUUGGAGCUAUGGAACAAAGAUCAAGAUACCGUCUACGCCCUCAACCGCGGCGACCUCGCCAAGGAGCGCCAGAGGCUCGAGUACAAUCAUAAAAACAUCUUCCUCCCUCUUUGCGGUGGUCUCUGUCCCCAGCAAAUUCUGACACAUCUCAAAAAGCAACAGAACCCCCGGGUCGCCGAGAUCGCGACUGGCACCGGCAUCUGGCUGAGAGACAUAGCCCAGUUGCUUCCCUCAUCCGCCGAGCUACGAGGCAUCGACAUGGACGCCACCAAGUUUCCGCCUUCAUCGACCUUACCUCCAAAUAUCUCUCUCUUGCAGCACAAUGCUUUGAAGUCUUUCCCAGAAGAAAUGCGCAGUUCAUUCGACAUGGUACACAUCAGAUUGAUUGGGUCUGGAAUGCGGAAAGAAGACUGGGCGAUCUUGGCUACUAACGCAUUUACACUGUUACACCCUGGGGGAUACAUUCACUGGGAAGAAGCAGGCGACACGUCAUGGAAGUGCGUCCCACCUAGCCACGCUUUCGACGAGUGGUCUAGGAUUAGGUUGCUGUGGUCGAUCAAAGUUGGCCGUAAUCCAUUCAUGCCCGCCCAACUUCCCCUCGUGCUUCGAGACGCAGGUUUUACGGAUGUCGAUGAGAAGGUCUGGAGCACUUUCAGCGUUGAGGGCAUGAUGCGGGAAUCGAUGAGAAAGAUAGCCACCGAGGUUGCUAGGCCUGUAAUGCUAUCUAUACUUGAAUCUGGAGGCGUCGACACUCUCCAGACUACCCAAGACAUGGACAGGCUCGAGUCUGAGAUGAAGAGAGAUAUACAGGACGGGGCGUUGAUUGGAGUUUCUUUAACCUGGUUCUGGGGUAGACACCCCUGAGGUUACACAAGAGCUGAUUUAUGUGUACUAGGUAGUUCGAGAUUAGAAAAUGUUUUUUCUCAGCCGCGUACCUGGAAAUUAAAGA